GCAAAAAUGUUCAAAAUCCUCGCUCUCGUCGCCUGUCUGGCCGUGGUUGCUUCCGCCCAAUACUACGGAGGAGAGCACGGACUCGGUGGAUACGCUCAUCAUCAUGAAGAGCCCAAGGACUACUACGCUUACCCGAAGUACAAGUUCGAGUAUGGCGUCAAGGAUCCCCAUACCGGUGACCACAAGAGCCAGUGGGAAGUGCGUGAUGGCGAUGUCGUCAAGGGACAGUACUCGCUGCAUGAGGCUGACGGAACCGAGCGUGUGGUCGAGUACAAGUCGGACAAGCACAGCGGUUUCGAAGCCGUCGUCAAGAAGGUCGGCCAUGCCCAUCACCCGCAGGUGUACGGUGGACAUCACUACUAG